GAGAAAUCGUUAAAAGUUACCCCAACAGAGAUAAAUAGAUUAGUUGGCCAAACCCACCCUAAAUUCUUGGUUUUUAUUUUUACUUUGACUUCAUCAGAUCCCCAUCACUCUCUCCACUCUCUUCUCUGUCUCACCGUCUCCCCUCAAAUGCCAAUUCAUAGAAAUAAAUCCUGUAAAAAAAUCCAGUGAGAUAUAAAUAAUCCACCACCUUCCCAUUAUUAUUUCAGUAAUUCACCAUUUUCAUAUUUUGCUGGAACCUUUCUGCAGAAAGUAGAGAGAGAAAGUGAAACAGGGGACAAAAUAGAGAAGAAAAAAAGAAAGAUUCAAAUGGGAAAUCUUUGGAAAACCCAACAAUCUCAUCAACAAUCUUUAACAAAGAAAGUAUUGCCUUAUGUUCUUUAUGCAAUACUUCCAUUAGCUCUCCUCCAUUUUUACCUUUACCCGUCUCCUCCUCCUCUUCUAGAAUCUUCUUCGGCUAAACAUCAGUUUUCUAAUCUCACUCCUAUUUCUGAAGGGCAAAAAAGUGGAAAUGGGGUGUUGGAUUCAGUGUCAGAACCUCCUAAAGAAAAGGAAAAUGUGAAUCAGAUUCUAUCUUCACCGCCCCCAAAAGAAGAACAAAUUAAAGCAAUUCCAUCAGUUUGUGAUUAUACAAAUGGGGAAUGGGUACCAGAAAAGAAGGGUCCUUUGUAUAAUGACACAAGUUGUAAGACAAUUAAAGCUGGUCAAAAUUGCUUGAACCAUGGGAGGUCUGAUAAGGGUUAUCUUUACUGGAAAUGGCAGCCAAGAGAAUGCAAACUUCCGAGGUUUGACCCUCGAUUGUUUUUGCGAAUUCUUGAAGGGAAACACUUGGCUUUUGUUGGGGAUUCAAUGGCAAGGAAUCAAUUAGAGUCUUUACUAUGUAUGUUAGGGUCGGUUUCCCCUCCGAAUUUGGUUUACUCGAAUGGGGAUGAUAACAAGUUUAGGAGAUGGCAUUUCCCUUCUCAUAAUGUUAACGUUUCAGUGUACUGGUCACCUUUUCUUGUAAAUGGGAUUGAGAAAACUAAUGAUGGGAAACAAGAUUACAAUAGAUUGUUCUUUGAUGCUAUUGAUGAAAGGUGGGGAUCUGAUCUGGAUUCGAUUGAUAUGGUCGUUUUGUCAAUUGGUCAUUGGUAUUUACAUCCUGCUAUAUAUCGUGAUGGGGAUGUAGAUCUCGGGUGCCACGCUCUUGAUAGCAGCAUGAAUUGCACUGAGGUUGAGUUCUAUGAUGUGUUUGCCAAGGCUUUUAACACUAGCCUAAAGACCAUCAUUGAAAGGAAAGUGGGUUCAGAAGGAAAUGGUAUAGAUGUUAUUGUGACAACAUUUUCACCACAUCAUUUCGAAGGGGAAUGGGAUAAGUUAGGAGCUUGUCCGAAAACAAAGCCAUACAUGGAAGAGGAGAAGUCUCUUGAUGGAAUGGAUGCUCGUAUGAGGCAAGUAGAGGUCGAAGAAGUUGAAAAGGCUAAGAUUAUGUUAAAUGCUGAUAAUAAUGCUUUGUCUAAGGUUAGGUUAGCAGCAUUAGAUGUCACCAAGUUGGCAUUGUUGAGGCCUGAUGGCCACCCGGGUCCUUACAUGCAUCCUAACCCUUUUGCCGAUGGGGUUAAGGAUCGUGUUCAGAAUGAUUGCGUGCAUUGGUGCUUGCCAGGAGCAAUAGAUACAUGGAACGAGAUCAUGCUCGAUGUUAUGAAGAGAUGGCACAUAUCAUCAAUGAAAUGAGAACGAUAUUACAUCCAACUCAAUUGGAGGAUUUCUUAUACUCUUCUUCUUUGGUUAAUUACUAGUCAGCAUGUGUUACAAAAGAGAGAUUUACAGAUAUAUUUAUGGUUUCAGGCCAGAUGAUAUAUGGUGGUCUAGGCUUAUUGUUAUCUUCCUCCUUGUGAUUGUAUGUAUAUAACAACAACACAGAAGUGGCAACCAGAAAAGGGCCUAAACAGAAAAGCAUCCAAAGUCCAGCCGUCUUUUGCAGGAUAUGCAAGACCACAGUUGAAGGACUUUGCUAUGGAUCUGUUUAUUUUCAUGGCAAGAUCUUGUGAUGUGAACUAUUCCUACAUAUGUAAUCAAAUAGUUGUAGAACUCAGCUUGCUAAUUUUUUGAUUAGUUUCUUACAGUUUGCUACGUUAUGGAGUUAUAGUUGAACUAAUCGACUGGUCCUUUACUUUCGACACUUAAACAUGUUUCCUUUGAGUACGAUAUAUCUAUUAAUGAUAAUACUAGUAAGAUAUGCUCUA